UGCGCGUAGUUACCUCGAAUCAGCGUCUAACUAUUAUUUAUACUUGCUGUUGGAAGAGUGAUGGGGGUAGAUCUAGAUGCACCCAACCCCUGUCGUUUGGACUUCUCCCAGAAGAGUAUGGGUGUUGAUGCACAGAGGAGAAUCCUGAAUCGCAACCACCGAAGACUACGUCAGGAUGUGGACAUCGAGACCAUUUACCCGCACCUCAACGAGCACAGUCUACUGUCAGACCACGAGAGAGAAAUUCUACUCAACGUUUACCACACACGACAGUUCAAGAUAGACAAACUGUUACAGUUUAUAGAUUGUCUGCAGAGGUCUAGUCGCGAAGCUAGUGGCCACGAAGAGCUCGCAGACCUGUUGCAGCGAGAUGUUGAUCGUGCUAGAGGCAAUCCUGAUCUCGACAAGUGGCUGCGGAUACCCGCCCCUCGUUUAUCAACAAUUAAAAAGGCAUCUGUAUUGGCAUUGUUUGGUCUACUGCUCCUGCUAUCGUGUCCCCUUCUCUUCCACAAAUCCCAGCUAAAACAACUUCUGGAAUGGUCCACACACUCUCUCCUCCUCCCACAGCCUUGUGCGCCAUUCCUCGGUAGAGACAGAGAGACUAGUGACCUAAUGAGAGUACUGGACAUGCAGAGUGAUGAAGUAAGAAUAGUCAAUCUGGUCGGUUCCGCUGGUAUAGGGAAGAGUUGUCUCGCAGUUCAAGUUGGGCACCGGCUAAUAGACAGUGGAGCUACAGUCAGCUACCUUGAUGCUAGUCUUUUCUUUCUGGACAGCCUACCAGAUGUGAUCCUUCAGACUGCAGGUUCUGGUGGCAGUGGGAAUUUUACUGAGAGAUUGCUUCACUGGCUGCGUAUAGGGAGAUGAAAUACCCUAUAGUUGUGAUACUGGACAACUUUGAUAGAAUGCUUGCUACUGAUCGAGAAAGAGUGUUAA